AAAACAAGUAUUUGAGUCGCACAAAGCCACUUCUAACAAGGUCGGAUAUUUUGAAGGCCAUAGUAAAGACUUGUCUUAAAAGAAGUGAAAAUGUAGUUUUUUGCCGGUCCGGGUCAAAUUUGAUCAGAUGAUAGAAUAAGUUACAAAUUAAUUACAAAGUUAGAAAAGUAUUUUUUUAAAGUAAAGAAGAAAGGGUUAAGAUUUUCGCCGUAUAGGAGCUUUAGUCAAAUGAUUUUGUGAUUUUUGAAGAUAGUGCAAUCGUGUUUUGAUAAGUUUCUGUGUUAUUGAACUUAUUUUUGCAACUAAUAAGCAAUAGUGAUUGUAAUAUUGUUUAUGAAUGUUGUUUAAUGAUAAGACUAAGUAGACGAGAUUAUUUGAUAAGCAUUAUCAAUUAAUUUAAAUUAGUUGAGAGUGACAAUGAAACCGUUAACAUUAAUAAAGGCUAAGGCAAAGAGAACUAAAACGUUUUUAAGUUUGAGAGUCAAGAGGAAAACGAAUUUUUUAGUUGAAAAAAAAAAUAUAAUUAAAAGUUAAUUAUUACUGGAGCUAAAAUUUAUACUCGUAACACCUUAUCUUCAGAACAAAUUUGCAAAAUCAUGCUGAUAAAAAACUAAACUCUGAUACUUAUCCAGGAAAAAUUCAAAACAGAGUGCUAUAAAUAUUUGAAUACAACCGCGCACUUUGGUACGAGUAUAACGGUAAAUGUAUUUGUGAGUGUUUAUAAACUAAGAGCCAAUUGGUAGCUUAAAUCGGCGAAGCUGUCGGUAAAAGUUAUCGGAAAAAGUUAAACCACAACAAUGAUUAAAUAAUCCACACAUACAUAUAAAUACAUACAAGAAGGUGGUUGUGGUCGGCGUGCCGACUACAAGAAUCAACGGUACUAUAAUUUGAAUUGAUCAAUUAACAGGUUAUUCCAUAAGCGAUCUUGCGACGGUGAACACUUGCAUCGCGCUUUCUGCGUUGGCGUACACGCGAAAAACCGAAAUUAUUUAUGCAAAAACAACAACAACAAUAAACAAAAGUGAAAAUGCACUACUGGCCGGGUUAUGUGGUGUUGGCCAUAAUCAGCGCGGCGCAUGCUGUCAGCGGCGCCGUGAACACAGUUGAUACAGAUCACUUGCAGCCACCACUAUGGGCUGUGCAAUUUGAAUACGAACAGUUAAAUAUGACAAUGCGACAAGCGCAAAAAGUUUCGUUCGUUAUCACGGCCGUUGAACCGGGUUUGGGAAGUGAUUUCGAAUUUCGUGUGUUGAAUGAUAACGGCGAUGUCGCCUAUAUAGACGAAGUGAUGACGGUGUUAAGCAAUGCAAAAGGCGUUGCAAAGGUCAAAGGUAAUUUCACUUUGCAUGCGACGCUGCUAGGUUAUACGCACGUUUAUGUGGAGCUGCGACGCGCUGGCUAUGAAACGCAACACUCAGCGGAGAUUUUAAGAGUUAUUGUGACACGUUCCUUGAAUUUGGCCGAUAUCAUUUUCAAUAUUUCGAUUGCCUGCUUUGUGAUGGUGAUUUAUGUGAACUUCGGCGCCGUUUUGGAUUUGGAGGAUCUGAAGCGCAUAGUUAUACGGCCCGUUGGACCGGCGAUCGGCUUGUUUUGCCAAUUUUUGGUGAUGCCUGUGCUCAGCUUUGUCAUCGGUUACUUUCUCUUUCGCGAAAUGAUCGAAUUGCGUUUGGGCUUGUUCUUUUUGGGCGUGUCUCCAGCGGGCGGUUCGUCGAAUAUAUUCGCCGUGCUGUUAAACGGUAAUCUCAGCUUGUCCAUCACAAUGACCGCUAUUAGCAAUUUAGCGGCAUUCGGCAUGAUGCCGUUAUGGAUCUUUACAUUGGGCGCUUUGAUAUUCCGCGAUGGAAACUUUGCGAUUCCCUAUAAAUCGAUAGCCUCGGUCUCUUGCACUUUGGUGGUGCCCAUCGCCAUCGGCAUUAUGCUGCAGAAGUAUGCACCGGAGGUGACUAAAAAGAUGUCCAAGCUGCUCAAACCCAUUUCAUUGGUGCUCAUAUUGGCAAUAACGAUUUUCGGCUGUGUGCUCAAUUCGUAUAUGUGGAAACUGUUCACAACGAAGAUUCUCAUCGGCAGCUGCAUUUUGCCAUGGUUGGGCUAUGUUAUUGGCUGGCUUAUAGCUACAGUUUUGCGUCAGCCACCUAAAGACGCCAUUACCAUUGCCAUUGAGACCGGCAUACAGAAUAUUGGCAUUGCGAUUUUCAUGUUGAACUUCACAUUGCCACAGCCGCAGGCUGAUAUGACGAGUGCUGUGCCAAUGGCCAAUUCUAUGGUGACGCCACUGCCUCUGCUACUAAUCUAUUUUCUGAAACUGUGCUUUUGUCGCAAGCGUGAGAAAUCAGUGGAUGCCGAAGCGAACGCAAAGGAAGCUAAAGAAAGUGAGCUGGUCACUUUUAUGGAGAAUGAGAUGGAGAAAGCGAGUUCAAAGUAUCCUCAGUGAAAUUUUAGUUUAAUUGGUUGUUAUUGCCAUUGUUACUAACUUGUUGUAAAGUUUUUAAAGUUGUUGCAUUUAUUUAUAAAAUGUAAGCACGAAAAUUCAACAAAUUUAGA